UACUUCUCUGGAAAACACAAGUUGUACGGCUUCAAGAUCGAGUGUGCGGUGGUACCACCAGGCUUGGCGGUGCAUGUGUCGAAGCACUACCCUGGAUCUGUGUCCGACAUAACCAUCUGUAUGAAGAAUCUGGAAGUGCACAAGCGGCUGCUGCACAAGACGACUGCUGAGGCUGGGCGACAGGAU